AUCUCGGUCUUCGCGGUCGAGAUCUCGCUCUCCCUUCUUUCCCUCCCACUAAUUCUACGAUUGACGCUUGCGUCCAAGCAACACCCGCUUCAUCAUGCCGCAGGAUAUGCCCCCCGUGGGGGGCUACGAGCCCGUCCAGUACAAGCGCCACAUGCCCGCCCGUGGCUUCCGGCCCAUGUACUACCUGAUCGGAAUGCACAUGGUCAUGGCCUACGGUUACUACAAGCUGUUCUACGGUGUUCGUGAGCAACAUGAACUUGCUCGCGAAAAAAUCUGGUCCAGACUACACAUUCUCCCCCUCCUCCAAGCCGAAGAAGACCGCGACCAGGUCCGUCGACACUUCGCCGACAAGGCACGAGAGCGUGAGCUGCUUGGCCAAGAAACCAAGGUCUACAACACGGAUAGAUUCGUUCGCCCUACAUUCGUCUAUACCCCCUCCAACGUCACCCAGUAAAUUUGACGCGCUACUGCUACGUGCUUGGGAUAUUUAUGCUGGAUUGCUCGCAUCUUUUGCGGCGCUCGAUUGGCGUUUGCGGUUAUCGGGUGUGUUAUGAGAUUAAAAGCAAGCGAGACAAGGCAGGAGGACAGUACUGUACGCAGAGACUGCAGUUCGUCAGCGAGGAAGAAGAAGAAGAUGCUCAGAGAGUUCUGGGAAAAAAAUCAUUGUAUGAUGUAGAUAUACCGUCGCAAUUGUUUCGUUUUCGUCAAUGUUAUCCUUGUUUACCUUCGAUCCUGC